UAGCUCAUGGUUUAAUUUAAUUAUUUGAUUGAACCUAACCACUAAUGAACCGAGUUAUAUAUAUAUAUAUAUCCAUGUGUAUAUAAUCCCUUCUAAAACCUAAAGCGAGAGAAGGUUUGGUGUAUCGAGAGAAAGAUCAGCCGCCUCCUCCAUUAAUCUAUAUAUCUCUCUCUGGUUCCCUUCUUCUUCACAUGUGCAUGGCUGUCUAUCGGAGAAGACGAGACGUAAUCACCGUUCACCAACCACCACGGCUCACACCUUGAGUCAUCACAGUCCACCGAAGAGACAUGCCGUUCCAUCACAACACCACCGUUUGUCAUAGUCGUCACCUGAGAUCCUUGCCGCGCCGGAGUCCUUACCAACUCUCGUCAUGGCCGUGAUCAUAACCGAGAGAUGCGGAGGAGACACGAUCCAAGCCGGAGCUGUGGCGUUUAACACCAACCACCACCAUCGUUAAUGGUGACCCAUCGGAGAUGUAGUUCAUGUCACCGGAGUUCAAGAUCCAUCGUCGCAAGUCAAAGCCGUGAAGGUUAUGGAGUCUUCUCCUUUGUUUCUUGUUUUACAAGUAACGUUUAUAACUUAAAAACGUAAGGGUUUCAUGCGUAGGAAAUAAUCAUGGAACCUUGGAUAUUAAUUGAUUGACAAGAAACCCAUUCAAAAGCCUAGCCCACCGAGUCUUGUUGCAUACAGUUUUUGGGAGGUCAUGAUCCAUCUCUGAUCUUGGCUGGCUAAGGUGAGACUGACGAGUAUACGAUAUUUGGAUGGAUUGGUGCUAUUGGACUUUUUAUUCGGAUUUUUAUUUGGGUUUUGGGUGAGUGUAAUUGGGUAUAUGGGCUUUUAUUAUACGAGAUAUUGUUGGUGGUCCACUGUUCUCCGGAUUGGAGGUGACGGGUGUCACAUUUUUAUUUUCCGACAACAGACAAUGAAGAGAGGCUAUGAGAUUGAAGUCUCCUCCGACGAAGAAGGCUUCAAAGGGUCGUGGUUCAGAGCAAUUCUCGAAGACCCUCUGCCUAAAUCCGAAAACAAAAAGCUGAAUGUCUCUUUGCUAGCCAACGAUGGCUCCUCCUCCACUACUCUGAAAACCACUUACCGGAGAUUCCUCCGGCCGAUUCCGCCGGAAAGUCUGUUCACGGCGGCGGUGGAGUUUGAAGAAGGGUGUGUAGUGGAGGCGUCUCUGAGAGGUGGGUGGUGGACUGGUGUGGUUUUCAAGAAGAUAAACGAUGAGGAAGUUUGGGUUUACUUCGAUUCUCCACCGGAUCUGCUCCAGUUCAAGACAGGACAGCUCAGACAACACUUUGACUGGGUCAAACAAAAAUGGGUCAGACCACAAAACAAGGUUUUUGUGAGUAAGAAGUCAAGAUUUAGAUGUGGGACCAUGGUGGAAAUGAAAGUUGAUGAUAAUGUUGAUGUGUGGGUACCAUCGGUGAUUGUUAAGGAGAUGGUAAACAGAAAGAGUUUCGUUGUGAAGCCUUUGAAAUACAUUAGCUGGAAUGAUGAAGGUGAAGAGCCAAAACCAAACAGAACCGUUGGUUUAAACAGCAUCAGGCUCACACCGCCGACUGUUUCUGUUAAAAGCUUUGGAUUGAUGGAGUCUGUUGAAGUGUUUAUUGAACCGGGAUGGCGUCCAGGGAUGGUGACGAGUAUACUAUGUGAUGAUAUGUACACUGUGUGUUUGAAGGCAACAGAUAAGACUUUGGUGUUCAAACACCAUGCUAUAAGGCCUUCAGAGGAGACAAUAGCCAAACUGGUCUUGCAAAACACUAGUGAAGUUAAUGCUGCUAUCAAUCCUCAAAUGUCCUUGAGUUUGGGUGAAAAUGGAGAGAAAGAGGUGCCUGAGGAACACAACAGGGAAGAUGACAGCCGUAAGAAGAAAAGAGUAGAAGUAGAGCACACUUCAGACCUCGGUGAAGAAGGUACCAUUCGAAAGAGGCAAAGAGAACAUAACCUUAGCUCUAUUCCUGUUGUUGAAGAGCCUCAAGCAAAGGACACAACCAUGGUUUUGCCUUUUGCUAAGAAGUCACCGUUUUGGAAGAUACUUGAAACAUCAGAAGGCUUUCAGAGAGCACCACAGAGUCCUCACUUCAGUCCACUGGUUGGGGAAAGUAAAGAACAGUUCCGUGAAGGGCAGGCCAUUGGUAUGAUGGUGACUCACUUCAGUUUACUGGAGAGCUUUAAAGAUCUGGAGCCUUACGUUUCCGUGAGCGAACUAAACAGCCUCAAAGUGUCCUUCGCCGAGCUAACGAAGCAUGGUUUCGAAGUUUCAGCGCCUUUGGCAAGGAUCAACAAGCUUCUGGCCCUCAAGGAUAGACAGCUAAAGACAAUGGAGGAGCGAAACGGUUUGGACAGAGAGAUAAUGGCUCUGAAAGAAGGUGUUGGUGAGAUGGAACACAAGAUUCUUGAGCUGGAGAGGCAACAAGUGGCGUAGAGCUUGACAACCUCGAGUCUGAGUUUAAAGCAACUUCAUCUGCUCCCUGGUGAGCUGUGAAAAGCAAAACUCUCUGAUGAGCUCUCUCGUUUUAGUUGAAAGUUUUAAAAUGAGAUAAACGGCUUCUAUUGUUAACAUAAUAGUUGAACUCGUGAGACAUCAGUAACACAUGGUUGAUUAAUGGUGAUUGGUUAGUCGCUGGUACAAGGCAGCUAUUAAAAAGAGCAAAGGGCGAAAUCUAAGUAAGAAGGAACAAGAGUGCAAACAAGGUGUGGAUCAAGAUCAUAGUGCCAAUGUCUUUUUCAGUCUUUUGAGUCAAACAAGAUGUUGUCCAAAGGCAUGUGAACCUUAAUGGUCUUAAGAGCUGGAUCAUCAGAAAUGAAGCUAUCUAACUAUAUUUGUUAAACUAAAAGCUUUUGUUAUGUAAUCUGAUCUUGACAUAGUUAAUUUGGUAUCAUUGGCUUAUGGUUUUAAAAUGUUAA